CGCGCCUUUGCUUUUAUACCCUCCGUUGCGCUGUGGUCACCUGCCUGGCACCGCCCGGCGCCGUGACGGGCUCAAUACAUCGCGAUGCACUGACGUUUCCAUGUAAGACGUCAGCUGAGUGCGUCUCUCGCCCGCGUCCCAAGGAUCGACGUUGGGGGAUCCCUGAGUUCGUGUGAUCUGUGUUUGCAGCGUUCUGACAUGGACUCUGCAGUGAGGGACAGUUACCUGGCCAGCUUGUGUCCCCCACCUUAUACCGCUUCCAUAGCUGACCCAGUAGAGGCCAAGAGUUUGUCUUCAAGAAAAUCGUCUUCAUCUUCGAAAGACCAAAAUCCUCAUUGCUAUGAUGUUCUGCAGGCUCCGAAUAGCAAAGCUCUCGUCUCUGCUCUGAAGACUUUACAAGAGAAGAUUUCCCGGAUACAACUUGAGAAGUCUAAAGCUCAAAACCGCAUAACAAGCUUGUCCAUGGAGACUGCGGAACACAAGAUGGAGAAGAGUGACGAUGUGAGACAGAAGACUGAUGUCAUUACCCAGCUGAAUGCUGCGCAGCAGCGCUGCUCACUUCUCGAGAAGCAGCUGAGCUACAUGAGGCAUAUGGUCCAGACUGCAGAAAUGGAAAAGAAAACUGUGCAUGAACAACAGACGCUGCUCCAGCAAGAAAAUAUACAGGACAAGUUAGAAAAGCUUUCUUUGCUGGAGAAGGAAUGCCUGAGACUCACUGCUACGCAACAGAUUGCAGAGAGCAAAAUUGAUCAACUGGAAGAAAAGUUGUAUGCAGAGGAACAACAACGAAAAUUAAUGCAAGAGAAGGCAAUCCAGCUUGAAACUGGGCUUGAAGUGAAUAGAAUAUUUUUAUCGGCAUCUGCACAAAAUGCUUCUCAAAAGAAGGUAAAGAAAAAGAAGCAAUUGCAGUCCCUUUCAGCGACUCUGACUUUGUGCGCUCGCCCUUCCUUGGGUACAGGCUCGUUGAGUGCUUCUCCUCCCUGUGACUCUCCUACUCUUUCCUGUCAAGAUACACAGAAGCCUGCCAUAAAUAAAGGUAUACCUAAACACGGGAUUCCUCUGAAGGCAGGAGAUCUACCUUUUGUAGCAGGCAAAUCUACCAGUUCAAGCCAUUCUCUGAGUGCAACUAUUCAAAAUGUUCUGCACAUGAUGAAGCAUCAGAGCCAGACCCCACGGGGCACUCUGCAACGCUCAAGAUCUGCAGGACACAAGCCUAUUAGGCCUUCAGGUGCCAACAGGACUUCAGCCACCUGUUCAGUGCCCUCUACUGGUGAUAGUCUGAGUGAUCUACUGUUGGCUUUGCAAGGCGAGCUGGAGCAAAUGAGUUUUGAACAUGAAGAUCUACUGAAGCAAAUAAAUGAAACAAAAGACAGUGAUAUGCGGGAAGAUUUAGAGCGUGAGAUGGAUUGUCUUGUCAGACAUAUGGAAACAAAAAGUGAUCAGAUACAGAAGUUAAAGAGACAUCAAGCAAAUGUUUUUCGGCUGAAGAAAGCAGCUCAGUCAAUGAAGAAACUCUCCUCUAGUGCUAGAUUAGCAGUUGCAGGAGAGGGUAGUAAAGUAGAUGUUCUCGCCACUCCAAAGAGGAAACCAGAAACGUUGCCAAGAGGAGCUCAGACGCCCAAUAGCAAGACUUCCCUGCAGCUGUUGAAAAAUGUACAAAAGAUUCAGACUACUCUUAAGAAAGAUGACAUCAUGUGGGAGAAAUGACUUUUUUAUUCUUGUGUUGAUGAUACUUUUGUGUGUGUGUGUUUUGUAAUGCUUCUAUUUAUGCACAGUGACCUUGAAUGUCUAUAUAAUUUAAAUAUUUUAAAUAAAGAUUUGUAGUUUUAUGUAAA